CUCUUGGCCUACACCGCGCAUUCAUGAGUAUGCAUUUGAAAAACAAACAGCCACAAGCCCCCAAAAAAGAGAGUCAAGAUGCCGGUAGUGACCGAUGAUGCGCAUUCUGACAACAUCCGAUACGAGAGGAUAAGGCAACCCUUCCUUCCACCAGGAGACCAGGGUAGGCGAUAACAUGGUGACUUUGCAGAGUCAGAUGAGUUCUUGCAGCCGCACAAGGCAUGGUUGCCAUGACAAGCAAUGGGGGAUCUGAGACCUAAACCGCUCUUCUGGUUGAUUCCUUGCAUAUAUCGACUGUUCCUAGAGAAGUUUCUUCCCGGCAGGAAGAGUUCUGGGGAUCAAAGACCUGACCGCAAGCCGGGCUGAUACUACCCUGCCCCGCACCGUUAUCAUGGCCCUUAGUUCCAUGCUAGGUCAUGGCCACAUAUAAGUACUUUUGACAGGGUUGAAGAACACGCCCACUGGUUGGUAGGUCAUAUGUUUUUUUGGUAUAGAUUGGCUUAUCAAUUCAAAUAUUAACAUGAUUCUAUGAGGUCGGAUAUCGACUACACUAGGACUGCUACCGGAUGCCAUUAUUUUGUCGCUACGAAAUCUUCUAGUUGUGGUAGCUGAUGAUUAUCUCACUACAAACCUGCCCUCUUACCAGUUGAAAAUUGGAGCAUUCAGUCUCUGUGCAGUGAAGACUUACCCGCAAUAAAAUGGGCACAUGCGAGGCCAGCCCAGUGGACCUCUUGGGUGCCUCUACGUGCCGUGUUGAGAGUGCUAGUUGGUCACUACGUGAACAGAGCCCAAUAUAUAGCAACUCUCGACAUUACAGCAAGGUCGAAAACACUCAACAACGUCAAGCAUAUGCUUGGCCAGCUCCCGCUCUUGGAAGAGAUUGCACUGGAUCUAACGAAAGGCGCAAUGGGGAACAGUCACCGUGUCAUGACGAGAUCCAAAGUGACGAUGGGCCUCAAACUAUGGGUGGCGGAAUAUUAGAGGAGAAGACAUCGAAGAGGAAGAUGAAGCGUUUCAGACUCACCCAUAGCCAAACACGCUAUCUUAUGAGCGAGUUCACACGACAAGCACAUCCUGACGCCGCUCAUAGAGAGCGUCUUUCCCGUGAGAUACCGGGGUUAAGUCCGAGACAAGUUCAGGUUUGGUUUCAAAAUCGGAGAGCCAAAUUAAAGAGGUUGUCUACCGACGAUAGAGAAAGGAUCCUAAAAUCAAGAGCAGUUCCAGAGGAUUUUGACAUGGCAAAAGCACUCCGUUGGCCUUACACCAACUAUUCAAAUACACCAGCAUCUGCCGCGACACACUGUGAUAAUUCGCUCGGGAGAAAUGACGUGCCAUUGGUGAUUGAAAGCAUAAAGCUCUCGGGAGAAGAGUAUGUCACAGCUCCGUCGAGUAGUCCGCCUACCUAUGGGUACUAUGCAUCAGGCCCGUUGUCAGUGGCGGAAGACAACACGAGCCCCGACAACAUCAUUUCGAAUUCCUCAGCCAACGAGCGGAAGUUACCUGUAAUAUCAUGGACAUACCCCCAGAUGCCUACACCACCAUCAGAAUCAGCAACUGUACCUGAGUCAACGAAUCCUUCGGAGGUAAGGUCGCCGUUAAACCGCAAGUGGAGUGGUGUAUCCUUGGGAGGUAUCUCAGCACGCCUGUCGCCCUCCAAAUUAUCACCUCAUACUAUGAACCGUAGCCUAAAUACACCCAUAACACCAUCACACAGCUACUAUGAGAAGCAGCUAGCUACUCCAGUAUCAGUCGGAGGUUUCCAUGAGAGAUCCGCUUCUCAGAAGGAGGUGCAGAGCCCGAUGGCCAGCACAAUGCCGACCACUCCCCUUUCUGUUUCGUCGGAAGAGCAAGUCCUUCGGCCGAAUUCGUACUUUGGUCUUAGCUCAUUCGAAAUAUCUUGUCCGCAAGGGGCUUCGCCGACCAUGGGCUAUACGGCUUCUGGGGUUGCUUUCGAACCCAGCCCACGGUUUGUUGAAAUUCCUUAUUCCACUAAUCCGGUGAAAGAUAUGUGGGAUAUGGGAUCCUGA